AUGUUUCAGGACUCAGGUGUAUCCUGGUCUCUGGUGGAUCAGAACUUCACCCUCCUGGUUCCGUCUUCAGAUGCCGUGGCUAAAAUGUCCUCAGAGGACAGAAACUUCUGGACCACGAAGGGGAACCUGCCAAGUCUCAUCAGGAAUCACGUGAUCCCAGGUCACUUCCCGUUAUCCCGUCUGAGCAGCACUUCCUCCCUGACCUCCCUUCUCAAGACAACACUUCCUGUUUCAACAACCAAUGAGAUCACAGCUGUCGGAGGAGCGACCAUCACCUCAUCCGAUGUAGCUGCUACCAACGGACUCAUCCACGUCAUCGAUAAGGUUUUGGUUCCUGACAGGAAGCUGAGUGACAGUCUGCUGGCGUCUCUCGCUCUGUGGCCGCGGUUCUCCCUCUUCAGAUCGUAUCUCAUCGAUUAUAACCUGACGGACGAGAUCGAACAGGCGGACGAGUUUACCGUCUUCGCUCCAACAGACGCCGCCAUCGCUGAAUACCUCAAAAAAAUGGCUGCCACCGCUCUGGAUGUGAAUACGACCCGUUACCACGUGGUGGCGUCAGAGCGCCUCCUGAAGACCGACCUUCAGCCUGGAGGAUACAAACAGACGCUGCUGGGAUUAUCCUUCCAGCUCGGCAUCUUUCCCCGAGACGGGAAGCUGUUUGUCAACCAGGCUCAGAUCAACUCCUCCAACAUCCUUAGCGGGAAGGGAGUCAUUCACGGCCUGACGGCUGUUUUGACCAUCAACAGGAACCGCUGCGACGACGCCACCUACACCAAGGUCAUGGGAACUUGUCUCGACUGUUUGUAUCCACAGAGCCGAAUCUGUCCCAACGACACCGUCCCAGACAAAUCGGUGAAGAAGAGGAAGUGCAUGUUCACUCGGAUGUUUGAGGACGAGCGUCUGCUGACCAUCGGCUGCAGAGCAACGUGCCUGCAGAAACACAUCAUACGGCGGUGCUGUGCGGGGUUUUUUGGGGAGCACUGCGAGCCGUGUCCCGGGCCGAAGGGUCAACCCUGCUUCGGUAACGGAGCGUGCUCAGACGGGACCAACGGGACCGGAGAUUGUCAGUGCGACGCUGGCUUCAGCGGGACGGCCUGCGAGAGCUGCCAGAGCGGCAGAUAUGGCGUCCACUGUGACCAGGAGUGCGGCUGUAAAAACGGCCGCUGUAACGAAGGGCCGAGCGGCGACGGGACGUGUGAGUGUGACGUCGGCUGGAGAGGAGUCCUCUGUGACCAAAAGAUCGAAUCCAAAGCUGAUGAACUGUGUGGUUCAGUCAAAUGUCACACCAGCGCUAACUGUGUGUUCAGAACGUCCGGCCCUCAGUGUCUCUGCGCCGCCGGAUUCAAAGGAAACGGGACUUCCUGUCAAGCCACAGACCCGUGUUCAGUGAAUAAUGGUGGCUGCAGUCUGUACGCUGUCUGUAAGAGGACUCGGCCGGGCCGCAGAGACUGCGUCUGUAACCGUGGUUACUCUGGUGAUGGGCUCGUGUGUGUCGAAAUCAAUCCGUGUCUGGAAGGAAAUGGAGGCUGUCACGCCAACGCAGACUGCGUUCACGUCGGACCAAACAAAACUUCCUGUGCGUGCAGUGAAGGUUACUCAGGAGACGGACAAAACUGCAAGAUUAUCAACUUGUGUCUAAAGAAAAAUGGCGGUUGUAACCAGAGAGCCCUCUGUGUGAUGAAGGCUCCAGCUGUUCGUACUUGCACCUGUUUCGGAGGCUUUAUCGGAGACGGGUUCACCUGCAAAGGCACCGUGGCGUUGGCGAUCCAGGGGAGGAAGCUGAAAGACUUUUUCUUUGGUCUGAUGGUGACAGAGAUUUCUCUGAAAGGUCGCGGCCCAUUCACCGUCUUCCCUCCGAACGCUGACGCCUUCACCGCAAAGACAUUCUACAACACCAGGGUGAGGUUGCAGGUGAUGGAGAAAGACCGGGAGUGGUACGGCGCCAUCCUGCGCAGCCACAUCGUCAUGUGUCACACUCUGCUGCCUGGCGACCUGAGCCGACCUCGAAACCUGACGACUCUGUCGGGACUCGUGCUGACCACCGGGUCCACCCAGGGCAGAAUCUUCGUCAACGAGGCCAACGUGACGUACAGCGACAGCAUCAGCAUCAACGGCAUCUUCCACGAGAUCGACAAGGUCUUGACUCCUCCCAACAUUGACAAAGAAAGACCGCCGGCUGCUCCUCUGAACCUGACCAACGUGGCUGAACGUCAAGGAUAUAAAACUUUCUACAAACUGCUGGAGGACACGGCUGUGAUGGACCUGGUGAAUGAUGGGAUGUACCAGCCUGUGACGGUCUUCCUGCCCUCAGACGGCGUCAUGGCGUCUCUGCCGCAGGAGCAGAAGGACUUCCUGUUCCACUCAGACAACCGCCGUCAGCUGGUGGAGUACCUGAAGUACCACAUCCUGCAGUCCCAGAAGAUUUACGCUGAAGGUUUGAUCCAUCAGGACUCGCUGCGGACUCUGCAGGGUUCGCCGCUCUCGUUCACCUGCGGGGGGACAGAUGACAUCGGAGAAAUCUUUGUCAACGACGGGAAGUGUCGGAUUAUUCAGAGACACCUAAUCUUCAAGGGUGGGAUCGCCUACGGCAUCGACUGUCUGCUGACUCCGCCCAGCCUCGGAGGACGUUGUGACACACAGACGACCUUCGACCUUCAGAUGAGCUGUGGCAUGUGCGCCUACUCAGCUGAACGUUGUCCCUCAGGGUCCAAACUUAAGGAAGUUCAGAAAUGUGACCUUCCCACCAUGUUUGUCAAAAAAAAAACUGGCUGUCGCAGCAUCUGCACCGUCCACGUCUGGCAGCCAAAGUGUUGUCAUGGUUACCAUGGACGAGACUGUCUGGCAUGUCCUGGUGGCAGCAGCGCUUCCUGCAGUAACCAUGGGAAAUGUGAUGAUGGUCACCUUGGUAACGGUACCUGUGCCUGUGAUGCAGGUUUCAGGGGUGUGGCCUGUGAGCUGUGCAUGGACCGUUUCUAUGGAGAGUCCUGUAAAGCCUGUAACUGCUCAGAACACGGAUCAUGUGACGAUGGACGCAAAGGGUCAGGCGCCUGUUUCUGUGAGGCUGGCUGGACCGGAGAGCGCUGCGAGACGCCACAGGCUGAAGUGUUUGAGUGUUCUCCGUCCUGUUCUCCGAAAGCCGUCUGUAAGGAGAAUAACACCUGUGUGUGUCAGCGGUAUUACAUAGGAGACGGAUACACCUGUACAGUGAUGGAUGUGUGUCAGACGUGGAACGGCGGUUGUGCUAAAGGAGCCAAGUGUUCUCAGGAAGGAGAACAGGUGACCUGCACCUGUCCUAAAGGUUACUCCGGAGACGGCUACACCUGUCAGCCAAUCGACCCGUGCGUCUCGGGGGUCAAUAGCGGCUGCCACGAACACGCCACCUGCACUAUGAUGGCUCCGGGGAAGAAGAAGUGCACCUGUAAGGACGGUUACGUUGGAGACGGACUCACCUGUGAGGUCAAACAGCUGCCGGUCAGCCGCUGUCUCCAGGACAACGGACGAUGUCAUCUAGAAGCCAAAUGUACUGACCUCCACUUUGAAGAUGCGAAGCUCGGCGUGUUUCACGUCCGUUCGGGUGACGGUCAGUACAAAAUGAACUUCACUACUGCAGCUGAGCGGGCCUGCGCCGCAGAGGGAGGAACGCUGGCUACGUACAACCAGCUGUCCUACGCUCAGCUGGGCGGCUUCAACAUGUGUGCUGCCGGCUGGCUGGACCAGGCCCGUGUGGCGUACCCCACCACCUACUCCAACCUCAACUGUGGCUUCGGACACGUUGGCAUCGUGGACUACGGCGUCCGCAAAAAGACAGAGACCUGGGACGCUUUCUGCUACCGGAUGAAGGAGGUGACGUGUGAGUGUCGGCCCGGGUACGUUGGAGACGGUCUCAGCUGUACAGGAAACCUGCUGCAGGUCCUCAAGUCCACGCCCACCUUCUCCAACUUCCUCACACAAAUCCUGAACUGCUCUCAGGCGUCUGUCUCAGGUGGACAGUUUGUGAAGCGUCUCAGUAACCUGACGGUCCAGUCCACGCUGUUUGUCCCCGACAACAAUGGCCUACCUGAGAACCAGACUCUGUCUCCGCGGGACAUAGAGUUCCACCUGUCGGAGGGACAGGCUCUUCCUCUCAGCCAGCUGAAGAACGGCAGUCGGAUCAGGACUCGUGUCGGCAGUCUGACGGUUCUCGGAGUGGCGGACCUGCUCGACCCUUCGGCUCUGUCAUCCCGUUACAUCAACAACCGCUUCGUCACCGACUCAGACAUCCCGGCUUCAAAUGGCAUCAUUCACGUUCUCCAGGGGCCCCUGAAAGCCCGGCCCCCUCACCGAGAGAUGCGUGUGGCGCAUAAAGCGGGGAUGGGAGUCGGCGUGGUGUUGCUGGUUGUUCUGGUGGCAGGAGUCGUCUUUGUUGGAUACCACUUCUACACCCACAGCACCAAACCUUUCCACUUCCACUACUUCAAGGAGGACGAGGCGGAGGAAGAGGCUCCUGCUGCAGACUGUGGUCGCAGCAUCUCUAAUCCGGUUUAUGAAGCAGCUCCAGAACCUGCAGAGUCCAGCACACGUGACGUCACAGCGGAGGACAAACCUGAGGAGGACGGAGGAUCGUACGACCUGCUGCAGGACAGUUGAGCCGGGACCUGCUGCUGGACUGGAACCGGCAGAACUGGUUUUAUACCUCUGUGGUUUCAAAGUCCUCUGACCAGGUUCAAACUGUGUCUCAUCACAGACUGUCGGCUGACUUUUAUUUUUUCCACUGACGAAAGACGGCAGCUGUGUCCCGUCUCACAAUCUACAGGUUUGUCUUUCAGAGAACUGAACUGUCCCCCGAACCGCCGAAAAAUCAGGACGCAUUCAGGUGCUCCGAGUCAAACUAUGAGGUUUCAUUACACUCUGAUUUUUUAACUGAAAACAAUCCCUUCACUUUAAACAAGAUUUGUACUUAACUUUAGAAAAUUUCAAUUUUGUUGUUUUUAGGUUUUCUGCAGACAUAAAACAGUUUGUUAAAGAAUCAAAACUGAAGUUCAAUAUUGAUUAAAGCAUCAAAGCGUGUUGAAGAUCUGA